UGCGGCUUGGUGGCUGUUUGGUCACUUGAGUCCGAAGGGGCGGCAGCGUUAUUGUAUUCCUGGGCCGUAUAGGUGCCUGACUGUAGUUAGAGCAAGAGAAGAAUAUAUAUAUAUAUAUGUAUAUCGUGGUCUGAUAAUGGCUUGCUUGAUAUUCUGCAAUGUAUGUUUCCAGAUGCCCCGAGGAGCCGCUUUAAAUUUCAGCCUGACCAACUGCGGCCAUGUUAUCUGUGGGCAGUGUCUCCAGAAAGGUAAAAAAGAUGAAUGUAUGAUUUGCAGAGUUCCGUGUCGUACAAUAGUCCUUUCAAAAAAGGUGAAUUCAGAUAUCCAGUCACUCUUUAUGGGAUUAGAUGGGUUAUGCAGAAAAUAUUCCAAAGAAAUCAUACAAAUUGCCCAGUUUCAGGAAAAACACAGAAGACAUCUGUUAACACAUUACAGAGAAAAGAUUAAAAAACUGGAAGCAUAUCUUAAAAGAGCAUCACAACAAAUUCAGCAUAUACAACAAUUGCAACAUCGGAAUUCAUCAAAGGAGGUAGAAGUGCCACCUUCAAUAAGGAAAACUGAAACAGUAGCUGGCCCAACAAGAAUAUCUUUGAUAAGUCCACCGCAAAAUGGGCAUAUGGGUAGUGUUACAUGCAGAAGUUCUCAAUUAUCUGGAAUGACAACGUUUCAAAGAAAUCCAACAGGAUCUACAAGAUCAUCUCCAUUAAAAAUGGUCAACAGUGGGAAUUCUUACAUAUCACCAUUUGUGUCAUCACAAAACAAUAGAAAUCAUAUCCCAAAUACUUUUGGACAGAAAUCUACUCAGCAUUAUCAGUCCACACCUGCAUCUUUGCUGUCAUCUGGGAUAAAGCACCCUAUCACUCUUGUUAACCUUUUACAGAGGCAGCAUUUAGGUAAGUGAAUUCCAUGAAGAAGUAGAAAUAAUCCUAGCCAACGUUAACUUGCUGUUUUGGGUAAAAUGUAAUCUUUGGGACAAUGGUAAUACUCUCUGAUAUUGACAAAUGAUUGUGUCUUUGUUUAAAAAUACUGGAUAUUUCUCUGGGUUUCGGCAGCAUCAUAUUACAUGUAUGGGUCUUGUUUGUCCAGUGAGAUGAUAUUUUCCUAUUUUCCUCUCCAUUCUGCAAACAUUACACUUCCUCCAAAUCUUCUUUGAAAGGUGUUCUAAUCUUUUGGAACAGAUUGGGAGGAGCAGAUAUGGGAGAUACCUAUUCUGCCAAUGAUGCUUGUUUGUUCUCCUUACUGUAGAUGCAAACUUGAAUGUAGUCAUCUGCUGCUUCUGCAGCUAACCUAUCUUAUAUUUAUGGCUUUGAUUUCCCAACCAAAAUGCUAAGUAACAUUUAUUGUUAUGUACCAAGUAAAAAAAAAAUCAAAACUGCCACAUAGUGAAGAUUAGUAAAGAAAAAAAAGCUAUGAUUGCAGGAUCCAAUCUGAGUUGGUCACGGAACCAGAGGUUU